AUGAGUGCAACGGAAGAAGAGCCCGAAAGAAUGGCAAACCGUGUGGCAGGGGUGACGUUGGAAUCCGAUUCGCUGCCAGAAUCGGCGGUUGGGAAGAGGGUACGGCGACGACGAAAGACACGACCAAAGCAGAUGGAGGUCGAUCCUCCCGUCCCACUCGGCCCACCACGCGAACCACGACGCCUCCAGGACCACGGCGAUGGCUCGCAAAUGGACUGGCAGGUCGAAGAAUCCGAUAUCUGCUCCACUGACUCCGGCUCCCCACGCAACCAUGACGCCGACGAUGAGCAGAGCGAUUGGGUCGGAUACGCCGGCAACGAAAUGGAAGAGGCAGACGUCGCUGGCCCAUCAUCCGCAUCCGAACGGCGACGACGAUCGGGAAAGCCGUCGACCGCCAUGUCCGUCAUUCAAAGCAAGCUGGAAAAAUUUUCGAAAGAUCCUGCCUCAACCGAAUUAACGAUCGAUCUACGCGCGAAAGAACGAACACAAACUGCACAGUUCGGCCGCUUCCUGCAACUCUACAAAUUGGAAAUUGUCCGGCGGCAACGCGGUACGAUCAUCCUACGCAAGCGCCGACCUACACUAGCCGUCACCGCUCUCACA